AUGGAUGAUCAUCGUGUUUUGACACUCUUCUAUAUUUGGAGGAUGUACAUUAAUAUUCUUGCAAUGUCUGGAGCUGCACUUAUAUUGAUUAAUGAGUUUCUGAAAAAAAAAUUAGAGAGAGCUCCUUUAGAGCAUAAUAGUCAUAUUAGAGACAUCGCACGAGGAAGUGUAAUAGAUGGAAUUAUAAAAAGCAGUGAUAACAAUUGUAUUUGGGAAUUACGAAUGUGUAGGAACACUUUUGCUAAAUUGUGUGAGCUAUUAAAAAUUCAAGGAGGGUUGAUUGAGGAUGGAAAAUUAAUGAUUGAGGAGCAAGUUGCUAUUUUUCUAAAUAUACUAGCCCAUCAUAAGAAGAAUAGAGAUAUUCAAGUUACAUAUUAUAGGUCAGGAGAGACAGUUAGUAGGUAUUUCCAUAAUGUCUUGUCUGCUGUUUUGCGGUUGCAUGAGUUGUUACUUGCAAAACCUGAACCUAUACCCCAAGACUGCACUGAUGAAAGGUGGAAAUAUUUUAAGAAUUGUUUGGGAGCAUUAGAUGGAACAUAUAUACCAGUCACUGUACCCGUAGCCGAUAGUGCAAGAUAUCGAACAAGGAAAGGAUAUCUUGCUACAAAUGUGUUAGGAGUUUGUACACGAGACAUGCAAUUUGCGUAUGUUUUGUCUGGAUGGGAAGGGUCAGCUGCUGACUCAAGGGUAUUGCGAGAUGCUAUUAGUAGGCAUAAUGGCUUGAAAAUACCUAUUGGUAUGUAG